AUGGAGAAAUAUAUAAGUGUUAAAGAAAUAGAAGAUGCUGCACUGUCGAUAUUACCAAAACCUGCACGAGACUAUUAUAAAAGUGGAGCAACAGAAGAACAAACUUUAGCUGAGAAUAGAACAGCGUUUCAAAGGUUGAGGAUUCGACCAAAAUGCUUAAUUGGGGUAACUCGGUGUGAUCUUCGAACUAAGGUAUUGGGCCACGAUGUUUCUCUUCCCGUCGGUAUAUCACCGACCGCAAUGCAACGGAUGGCACAUCCCGAAGGAGAACUAGCUAAUGCAAGAGCUGCUCAAGCUGAGAAGACAAUUUUCACACUCAGUACUAUAGCCACAAGUUCUAUCGAAGAAGUGGCGGAGGCUGCGCCUGAUGCUAUAAAAUGGUUCCAGUUGUAUAUUUACAACGAUAGAGAAGUAACCAGAAAUCUAGUUCUAAGAGCAGAGAAGGCAGGUUUUAAAGCAAUAGCCCUAACUGUUGAUACUCCAUUGUUCGGGAUAAGACGUGCAGACGUGCGGAAUAAAUUCACUUUGCCUCCUCAUUUGAGGCUCGCAAACUUUGACGGUAUGUUGUCAACUAAGAUUCGCAGCACUGGAAGUGGCAGUGGACUCAAUAAUUACGUUGAGAACUUAUUCGAUAAAUCUUUGACAUGGGAAGAAGUUAAAUGGUUGAAAAGCAUUACAAAACUACCGAUAAUUGCGAAGGGCAUUUUACGCGGGGACGAUGCAGUUAAAGCAAUUGAAGCUGGUUGUUCCGCAAUAUUAGUAUCAAACCAUGGAGCACGACAACUGGACGGUGUUCCUACCACGAUUGAAGCAUUGCCCGAAAUUGUGGAAGCCGUAAAAAAGUACAAUGUUGAAGUUUAUUUGGAUGGCGGAGUGACUACAGGAACUGAUGUGUACAAAGCCUUGGCUCUAGGUGCUAGAAUGGUUUUUGUCGGUCGUCCUGCUCUUUGGGGACUGACAGUUGGCGGGCAAGCUGGUGUCCAAAGAAUGCUCAGUAUAUUCCGAACAGAGUUGGAGUACACACUUCAAAUAGCAGGCACUCCAACUAUUGCUGAUAUUACUAAAGAUAUGGUUCGCCAUGAGUCGACCUAUAGUAAACUAUGA